AUGGUACUAUGGAUUGCAUUCCUCGCCUCAACGGUGGCGAUGGGAUCAAUGAUCAUUCUUUAUAUUAGAAAGUAUACUUGGGCUUUAUUCUUACAUUUAUGCAUAGGAUGGCUUAUUGGUGCAAGCUUAACUUCAGCAAUAAUGCUAGUAACGACAGUAGUACUCCCAAUGAACAUAUUUCAUGUCGUUAUCAUAAUUGGUAUUCAAAUGGCCAUUGCUGUUUUCCUAUUUAUCGUUUUAAGCAAAGAUAAAAUUCAACGUCCGAGUAAAUUACCAUUUACAGUUCGUUUCGAAGUUGCUCCAUCAUUUUAUGUGGUUCUUAUUAUAAUAGGAAUCAUUACAAUUUGGUAUAAUCAUAGAAUUUUUGACCAAUUUCCUAGUUUAGUUCCUAUUGAAGGAUCUGGACCAUUAGAUUAUGAAAUGUCAUUUGUUGCAUCACUUAAAAACGGAGUUAAUGCUCCACGAUCUAAUAUCUUAGCAUUUGCUGAUCCAUUAUUACUAAAUCAGCAUUUAACAAACAAUCCUCUUCCUUUACUUUACGAAGCUGCUCUAAGUUCAAUGGGUGCCUCAUUUCGGACAGCAUCAGCUAUAAUAUCCUUCAUGAACGCAAUUUCUACUGCAACGGCUAUCUAUUACCUUGGCUCUAACUUCUCGAGCAACCCAGGAUUCAUCGCUUUAGUGUUCAUGCUAAACGGAUCUUGGUGCCUUUUCAACUUUUUCAAUGAUGAAGAUAUCCGAGGUGAUUUAAUUCAUGGACAUGGACGAACUGCUCAUACUCCAUGGGAUUCUUUAAUUGGUGUUUGCUUGUCGUUCAACAAGGAAUACUCAUUUUCCAUACCAAUGGCCGUAUUUGCUUUAGCAAUUGCACAAUGUCCGGUUGUUGGACGAGCCAAGAACUCUUACAUCAUUGCUGUGCUACUAGCAAUACUUACACCUAAUUGUAUCACGUCAUUAUCAGUUUAUCUCGCAUGUACUUGCUAUGAACUUGCAAAUCCAUAUUUCAUAGCAUUUGCAUUCGUUCCAUUCAUACGCUGGUUAUCAUCUGGUAUAAAGUAUAACCCGUUAUGGCGUGAAUAUCAAAUGUGCGACACAUUUCUUCCAAGUUUAACAAUUUGGUUCGAUAGUUUCGGGCCAUCAUCAGUCACAUUUGCUUUAAUGUGGUUCUUUAUACGCGAUUCUUUACUAAUCCAGAGAUUUAUUUCAACAUUAGGUUCAUUUUUAUUAUUACAAAUCUUCCGUCAAGGAAAUGACUAUUCCAGUAACGCUUGUGGGGUUAUAUCUGUCUUUUUCCCUAUGGUUUGUGUUCUUUUCGUCGAAAUUGGAGAGAAAAUAAAAUCAUUAGUUUCAGGAAAGAUGACUAAAGGCGCGGUAUCAGGUAUAGUUGCCUCAAUAUUUGUUGUCUAUAUGAUCAGUGGCUUCCUCAGCCUUCAUAGACUUGCAAAUACUAAAGAUACUGCAAUUGAAAUACCAGAUCUAGACAUUGGCCGUAAGAUUAUGGAGAUCACCAGACCAAAGGACACAAUUCUUAGCGAUACAUUCAAAUUUAACCCUGCAUCUUCAAUUGCCGGUCGCCAAAUCGUUUCUGGAAGUUUCCGUGAAGCAUGGAGACGCGGUUGCGAUGUAUUCAAGCAAGUGGAAUUGAUCAGAGAGGUCAGAAAAGAGUCUGGAGGUCUUGAUGUAAUGAGAAGUCAAGAUAUUCGAUGGCUACUCGACUAUAAGAACGAUGAAAUCCUCUGGGACUCAAAGCAUUACCAGAAUGUGUAUGAAAAUGAGAAGUGGGUUAUUUACCAACUUCAUGAAAAUUAG